AGAGAGAGAGAGAGAGAGAGAGAGAGAGAUAUGUCAGUGAGGACUCUGUUCUUACCGCUCCCAUUGGCUUCGAAAAUGCUGGAGCCGCCUUAUUCGAUUACAGUCUCAGUCAAAUCAUCUUCAAGUUCGCGUCUCGGAAUCUCCCAAGCCUUGAGGGUCUCCUGCGAUUACAGUUGUUUCGAAGUUAGGGAUGUUAGUUAUCGACCCCCUGGAACCCAGCACAACCUUUUGAAUGGGGUUAAUCUUUCCCUUCCUGAGAAAAGUUUAGGAUUGGUCUUUGGACAAAGUGGAAGUGGAAAAACAACUCUCUUGCAGCUUCUUGCUGGGUUAAACAAACCAACAUCGGGGUUCAUAUGUCUUCAAAGAUAUGGAAAUGAUGGGCAGCCAAAUCAGUUACCUGAAUUAUUACCUCCAGAAAGAGUUGGCAUUGUUUUUCAGUUUCCUGAGAGGUAUUUCCUGGCAGACACUGUACUUGAUGAAGUUACAUUUGGGUGGCCAAGGCAGAAGGGAGGCCUUCCAUUGAAGGAGCAGCUUGCUUUGAGACUCCACACAGCUAUUAAUUGGGUUGGACUCAGUGGGAUAUCGUUGGAUGAAGAUCCUCACUCUCUAAGUGGUGGUUAUAAGCGUCGUCUUGCCCUUGCAAUUCAAUUAGUACAAAUUCCAGACUUGUUGGUGUUGGAUGAGCCUCUUGCUGGUCUUGAUUGGAAGGCUCGUAUGGAUGUUGUAAAGUUGCUAAAGCACUUAAAGAAGAAGCUAACUAUACUUGUUGUCAGCCAUGAUCUUAACGAGUUAUCAUCGUUAGUGGAUCUGUCAUGGAGGAUGGAAAUGGGUGGGGUCCUAAAGGAAGAGCCUCUACCAGUUUAGUGGUGGCACUCUAAUACUAGAGAGAAAAGAAAGCAGAGGCUUGCCUUGUGGUUUCAUCUUUCAAUGCAAAACUUAGGCAUGAGGAGAAAAACACUACUAGCAAACCAGUUAUUAUCUUGUACUACUAUUUCUGAACAGCCAUGUGUCUGGUGGUUUCAUCUGGUCGAUAUGAAUUUUCAAGAAGUUUAAGAAUUUAAGGCAAGACAUUUGGAACUUCUGGUAACCCACAGUUAGAGUUACAUGGACUAUACAAGACCAUUAAUUCAUGUGGUAUCUGGGGUGGUUGUAAAUAAUACCAUCAAAUAAUUGAAAUAUUUUUACCGUUUAGGGAGCUU